GUCAGAAUGAACUAUCAGAUAAGUGUGUAUGUAUCAUAUUACUUAUUGUGCUUGUAAAUAAUUUGUAACUAAUUUUUAAUGGAAUUUUUUUCUUACAGGGUUGUUAGACAUUUGCGACCUGCUUGUUGAGCAUGAAAUCUUCUGAGGUACAAUCUUAGAAAAAAUAAGGAAUAUCUACAUUCUAAUAUCUCACUAAUUUGCCUAGAGAAAUGGAAAGUGAUGAUGAAGCAGAUUUGAAAAAAAUAGAAGAUAUUAUAAAAGUUUCUCAAGAAGAUAAUUUCACUCACUUAGAGUUUCAAGAGUAUAUAAAUUUGAGUGACAGUGAGGAAGAUGAAGAGUUUGAAAUACCAGAUUCCAUAGAUAAUGAAGUUGAAAAUGAAGAUUUGGAUAAAAGUAAUAAAAUUGAUAUUUCAACCAUAUACAAAUACAGUCCCAAUGCUUCAUUAAAAUCUGAAGAAAAAGCAAUAAUAGAUUCUUGUGAAGACCAAGAGUUAAAACAUUUACUGGUUUUGAAUAGACAAAAAAAUUUACAAUUGAUACAACUUUAUAAAAAAUACAAAGAUCUUUUGAUUGAAUGUAAACAAAAUAUAGUAGAUAAAAAUGAUUUGAUAAGUCAAUAUUUUGAGGCUCACAAAGCUCAGUCUCAGUCCUCAGGUUCCUGGCGUGUAGGAGCUCCUUAUUUUAAAACCAAAGACUUUUUUGUAGCUCCUUCAAAUGAUGAUGUGUUAAGAAAAAAAAGUAAUAAUGAACUAAGUCACUAUGAUUUACAAUUACCUAAAAGGUGGAAUAAAUUUGAUUUACUCAGACUCAUAACGUCUGUAAAAGUUAAUUACAACUGCAAUCAAAUUCUCGAGGUUAAGAAAAAUAUCAAACAGUUGAGCAGUUCUGAUGAUUUAGAAAAAGAAAAUAAGAUUCAUGAUUUAGAAAUGAGGUUAAAAGAGUUAGAUGAUAUGGAUAAUUUGGAAGUACCACCUUUAGGAUCUGAUAAUAAUAUUAAUUGGAUCAGAGUAUCAGAAACUUUUAUAAAGGACAGGUAUUCUGAUUUCGAAUGUCGUUCGUGCUGGAAUUUAAUCGCUCAUCCAGCAAUUAAUAAUUCAAAAUGGACAGCAAAGGAAAGUAAACAGUUAUUGUCACUAGUGCAAAAGUACCGUGCUCAGAAUUGGAUCAAAAUAGCAAAAGAACUAGGUACUAAUAGAUCUUGUUUAAACGUUUGCCAGUAUUAUUUCAGGGAAUUUCAUGAUGGUUUUAAAAAAGGUGAAUUCACAGUCGGUGAGGAUAGGAAGUUGUUACAAUUGGUUGAUAGAUAUAAGAUGGGUACAAUCAUACCAUGGACUAAAAUCAGUAGACAUUUCAAAAAUCGAUCUAGGUCUCAACUUCAUCACAGAUACCUUUACUAUUUGAAUCAGUCUGAUAAGAAAAGAGGAAAAUUCUCUGAUGCGGAGGAUGUAAUAAUCUUAUUAUGUGUUAAGAAAUUUGGAAAUCAAUAUAGUAGGUGUGCCGAAUUUUUGCCAGAGCGUUCUGCUCCACAAAUAAAAACAAGAUACACUUCUAGUUUAAGAUCCGUUGUGAAGAGAGGUACAUGGACGGUAGAAGAAGACCGACAACUCCACGAUUUUGUUGAAAAAUAUGGUCCUAUGUGGACGCAACUCUCCCGCCAAGAAGGAGUAUGUAGAGCAGCAGGCCAGUUGCGUCAAAGGUAUUUAACGAUAUGCGAAUAUCUUAAAUCACAUCCUCAUGCUACAAUAGAAGAUGUGCCAAGGAGGAAGCAUAACCUUGAUUACGAUGUUCUGGAUAGAUUCCAUUUAAUAGAGGAAGCAAUAAAGAGAUUCGUGGACAGCCCUCUUAUCCCAUCGCUCAGGGAAGUAGAAGAUAUGUUGGAAGAUAUAAAACAAGUGCAUUUUGUAAAAGUUGAAAUGCAUGAUGACGAUUUUUUUGAAGAAAGAAAACCAUUUACAGAUAUUGAUAGUUUAUUAACUGACUUUUUUUGGAAUAAUUCUGAUGAAGAGGUAAGCGUUGUACCUCCAUCAGUUUUAAAAAGUAUAGUUGAAGAAACUGAAAUACUUUUAGAUGUACUAAAAGUUAAUUUAGAUAUUCCUGAGGAUUUGAAUAAAAAUCUAAUGUUGGAUAGCCUAGACAAAGACAUUUUAAAUGAACUUCGUAAAAAUCGAACUCUUCAUCACACCUCGAAAAUUACUAAAAUAGUUCCACCGAACUUUUUCACAACUACGGGGAUUAGAAGUCUUUUAUUGAAAAAUUAUAAAUUUGUAAAUUCCCCAAAAGAUAGAAUUUUCUGUGCUAUGGACAUACCUCAAUCUAUUAAGAGUCGAAUCAGCAAUGAAAUCUAUAGAGAACUUAAUGAAAUGGAUAAGUCGUCUAAACAUGAGAUUGAACAAAGUAGGAAAUUGUUUUAUAGAAGAUUCCUCUCUCUAUUUAAGUUUCCAGGUGUUUUGACCAUUGAAGAACCUUCUAGAGAACUUUUAAGCAUAUCAGAAAAUUUUCAAAACGAAUUUAAACCGUUAGUUAAAAGAACAUACAGUAGAAUGAAGAACAAUGAACUAACUAAAAUUAAUUGUAAUGAUAUACCAAAAAAGAUUAGAGUGUUAGAUGGAAGUGCCAAGGAAUCUCUUAAAUUAACACCUGUGAAGGACAAAAGUAUUAUAAUGAACCUUAUGAAGGACACCAAUAAAAAGUUGUUUAGAAUGAAUAAAGUUCAAUGUGGGGAUCAAACAAAGACUUUAAUAGAAGAAGUUGAUGUAAGAAACUUACAAUCUACGUCAACUCUUUCUGUCAGCACUGUUGUUAAGCCAAAGAAACAAAAGAAAGAAAUAUUAUGUUUGAGUAAGCGUGGCAAGAAAAUUUUAAAUCCUGAGCUAUAUAUAAAUUACCAAUCUUUGAGUCCUGUUCAAAAUUCCCAAAAGUUGAAAGGUGAAUCUCAUAAUUCUGAUGACAUCAAUGUUAGUAAAGCUGCUCUGAUGGAUGAGUCGGAUAUUUUUGAUGCAGGAGACGAUGAUUUGAUGGAUCUUCAAAAGCUCUCCGCAUUUAUAAGAACACAAAAACAAGAAUCUGAAUAAUCAGAAACACUGCAUGAUGUGAUAUAUUUAGAAUUAAUAUUAAGGCUUUUAUUGUAUUGAAAAUUUCUUUUUACUUUUAAGUGUAAAUAUAAUUCUCUUUAACACAUA